GGUUCUUUUCUUUUUCAGCCAUUCUGUUGUAGAUUUGCUGGUUUGCUUGGGAUCAUUGUCCUCUUGCAUGACCCAGUUUCGGCAAAGCUUUAGCUGUUGGACAGAUGGUCUCACAUUUGACUCUACAAUGCUUUGAUAUACAGAGGAGUUCAUGGUCGACUCAAUGACUGCAAGGUGCCCAGGUCCUGUGGCUGCAAAACAAGCCCAAAUCAUCAGCCUUCCACCAUUAUGCUUGACAGCUGGCAUCAGGUGUUUGUGCUGAUAUGCUGUGUUUGGUUUUCACCAAACGUGGCGCUGUGCAUUAUGGCCAAACAUCUCCACUCGUCUGGUCACAUCUUUUCAAAGGACAUUGUUCCGGAAGUCUUGCAAUCAGAUGCAACGUUGCAAACCUAAGCCAUGCUGCCAUGUCCUUUUUAGAGAGAGAGGAGGUUUGCUCGUGGCAGCCCUUUCAAACAAGCCAUACUGGUUCAAUGUUUUUCUAAUUGUACUGUCAUGAACUUUAACAUUUAACAUGCUAACUGAGGCUUGUACAGUCUGAGAUGUAGCUCUUGGGUUUUUUGCAAUUUCUCUGAGCAUCGCCCGGUCAGACCUUGGGGUGAAUCUGCAAAGAUUGGCAACUUUUCUUGAACGUUUUCCACUUAUGAAUAAUCAUUCUCACUGUAGAAUGAUAGACUUCAAAUUGGUUGGAAAUGGCCUUAUAACCCUUCCCAGAUUUAUAAUAAUUAAGAUUGAUCAGUGUUGACACACCAUAGCACAACAAAAAAAAUGUGUCCUCUGCAUUUAACCCAUAUGACAUUGUGACGUAACAGUGAGCAACUCUUAUUUAGCACCCAGGGAGCAGUACCUUGCUGGUUAGGGAUUCAAACCAGCAAUCUUUCAAUUACAGGUGUGCCUCCCUAACCAUUAGGCCACCACUGCUCCCGAAAGAUUUAAUUAUGUAUCGUCGUUAGUGCAUACUUUUUGCACACUUCGUGGUGGACCAGUUUGAGCGCUUCGAAGGCACUUUUGGGUAGGCGGCACUGGUUUGAAGAUCACUGGAAGUCUUCAGGUAUCACGGACACGCUCCCUGUUCAUGGAGGAGUAUGGCAAGCUCCUCGCUCUCCUGCUCCCUGGAUUCCUCUAUGCAGGGAAUCCCCCAGUCAGUGUUGAUGGUCUCCAUGGAGACCAAGUACCAGUGCCAGCACUGCGAGGGGGUGUUGAGGAUGCCCUCCCAGGCGAGGUGUGGGCACCGUUUCUGCGGAAACUGCUUCAGUGAGCUCACCAGCUUGGGCCCCCUGCCUUGCAAGGCAUGCCAGCGAGACGGGAUCUUUGAAGACCCGCUGUCCAUCAUAAACGCCAGUGAUGCUUUUCCAGACAACGCUGCGCGGAGGGAGAUUGAAAACCUGCCAGCUCAGUGUCCCAGUGAAGGCUGUCCAUGGAGAGGGGUUGUUAAGGACUAUGAGGCACAGCAUGAGGGCCGCUGUGAACAUGAGCAGGUGCAGUGUGAGGCCUGCCAGGCCUUCGUCCCACGGCUCCACAUGGCCAGGCAUGCCGACAGGGAGUGUGAGGCGAGGAGUGUGACCUGCAAGUUCUGCAAGGCCACCUUCAGCUCCAAGGACAUCAAGGGGCACAACAACGUUUGUCAGAAGUUCCCUCUUCACUGUGAGGCCUGUGGCAAGAGGAAGAUCCCCCGGGAAAUGUUUGCCGAUCAUUUGAAUUCUUGCGGGAAGCAGCAGAAGGCCUGUCAAUUCAGCACCCUGGGCUGUGAAACCUUGCUGGAGAACGAGACGCAAGGCAACCACGAGCAGGCCAACGUCUUGGAGCACAUGCGCCUCCUUCUGGCUAAGGUGGUCGUGCUUCAGAAGCAGCACGCCCCGGGCCCGGCAGAGUGUGAAGAAGGCGUGGCACUGGGCCUGUAUAGAGCACCUGUGGAUGGGGAAGCGGGACGGAACAACAACCUGGAGCCUAAGGUUGCUGCUCUGGAGAACAUUGUGUAUGUACUGAACAGGGAGGUGGAGAGGUGUGCUUUCACCUUGGAGGCUUUCACCUGUCAACAACGGCUGGACCAGCAGCAGAUCGAGACCCUUAAGAACAAGCUGCAGCAGCUGGAGCGCUUGCUGGCCAUGCGGGACCUGCAGCUGGCCGAGGCGGAGCAGGUGCUGCACGAGCUCGCCGUCUGCACCUACGACGGCAUCUUUGUCUGGAAGAUCGCAGAGUUCUCCCGCCGCAGGGAGGAGGCGGUGAGCGGUUUCGCCCCCACCAUGUUCUCUCCAGCAUUUUACUCCAGUAAAUACGGCUACAAAAUGUGUAUGCGGCUGUACCUGAACGGCGACGGGACGGGCCGGGGGACGCAUCUCUCACUCUUCUUUGUGGUGAUGAGGGGAAAAUAUGACGGCCUGCUCAAGUGGCCCUUUAGCCAGAAGGUAACGCUGAUGCUGUUGGAUCAGAGCAACCGGGAGCAUGUUGUCGAUGCCUUCAGGCCUGACGUCAGCUCCACGUCGUUCCAGAGGCCCAUCAGUGAGAUGAACAUCGCCAGUGGAUGUCCACUUUUCUGCCCAAUAGCAAAGCUUGGUGGGAAGAGCGUUUAUCUCAAGGAUGAUACUAUAUUCAUCAAGGCCAUUGUGGACCUCACCAGCCUCCAAUGAAGAGGAGCAAUGAUCACAUUUUCUUAGUUGGUAGGGGUUAGUUUCUGAGUUAUUCAGCAUUUUAUGGCUCUUCGGCAGAGGGAAGCUGUUUGACUACAUGUGUUUCUUUGGAGAUUAACUAUUUUGCGCUGUUUUACUAAUGUUGGUGGUAAUUUGUCUUGUUUCUGUACCCCUUAGUGCUUUGUGGCUCAGUGGCUUGCCAGGUCAGGCAUUCACUGGAAUGAUUGCUAUUAGUGGAGACUAGUGGCACCUUUUGAAUUGAAUCUGGUAUCUAUUUACUCAUUAAUCUGUGUACUUUUAUUAUGACGUGUUCUAUGAGCAUCAGAGGUGUUGCUGGGAGCUUGCAGAAGUGGAGGCUUGUAUAGCGCGGGAUAGAUGUAGAUGUGUGUUAAAAGUCCAUUCAACAGUUGACCCAGUUCAA